GGAUAUUUUGGAUGUGUAUACAAGGCAACAUAUCUCAACCCAGAGAGUGAUGCUGGUACUACCAGGAAGGACGUAGCUGUAAAAACCCUCAGAAAGAGGUUACCGGAUGAAAGAGAGUUGAACGUCUUUUUGGAAGAAGCUUUGAUAAUGAAGGAUUUCUCUCAUGAAAAUGUGUUAAAAUUAGUUGGUAUCUGCCUGGAAGAAGAUUCAUUACCUUUGGUUAUUUUACCAUUUAUGAAGAAUGGAGAUCUACUCACGUACAUCAGAAAUCCCCUAAACACUCCAACUAUAAAAGAUUUGGUAUUAUUUGCUGUUGAUAUCGCCAAGGGUAUGGAAUAUUUGACACGACUCAAAUUUGUUCAUCGAGAUUUAGCUGCUAGAAACUGUAUGCUAGAUGCAUAUCUACAUGUGAAAGUUGCUGAUUUCGGAUUAACAAGAGAUGUGUAUGUUCAACAGUAUUAUAGCUGUAAAGAUGAUAAGGCUAGAUUGCCAGUUAAAUGGAUGGCACUAGAGAGUAUACAGAGUGGAAAUUUUACAUCUAUGUCAGAUGUGUGGUCAUACGGUGUUUUGUUAUGGGAGUUAAUGACAAGGGGGGUUAACCCAUAUCCAGAUGUUGAUGCCUGGGAUAUACAGAGAUACCUUAUGUCUGGCAGACGACUUCCUCGGCCAGAAUAUUGUCCAGAAGAAUUCUACGUUAUAAUGGAAAGAUGUUGGAAGACGUUACCUGUUUGCAGGCCAAGUUUUCAAGAUUUAGUCAUUGGUAUACCAGAAAUGUUAACAGAACUUGAACAGAGGGAAGAAAGCUUCAAAUUGACAUAUGUUAAUCUUCAAGAUAAUCCUACUUUUCAUUAUAGAGACGAAGAAAAAUGGCAGACAUAG